AACCCUAUCGAUUCCAACUCUAUCACAAGUAAUUAAGACAGUCCCCGCAGCAGGUCCACCGGUCCCCUACUCUUCCUCAUCAAUGCUCUCUCUCUCUCUCUAAACCACCAAGAAGGAAAACACUACCCUCUCCACCUCUCUCAGGUCCCUGAACCAUCCCUGAACCACCCAAGACAACGAAGAAGAAAACAAGCCAAGCAACAACCGGUUUCUUCACUUCACCUGGGACUCCUCAACCUAUGGAUCCUCAAUAUCUCGUCCUCUCCACUCUCCUUCUAUUCCUUUCUACCACCAUGGUUCCUACAGCAUGUAUCAGCCCCUACACCGCCUGCUCAGAAGCAGCUAACAAAAGCUGCUUCCCCUUUCCCUACUUCACCUUCCCCUUCGCGCCCUCCACCCCCAAGGGCUGCGGCCACCCCAACUUCCAGGUCGAAUGCACGCCAGGUUCCGCCGCCGUCCUCACUAUCGGCUACAAUAAAUUCAAGGUGCUCAGCCUCGAGAACCCGGCGGCUCCGACGGCCCUUCGACUGGGGUUCGUGGACCCAAUCGUCCAGCUGUGCGCUAUCACGGUGAACAAGACGCUCUUCGACAUGUUCAAGUGGCCGUUUUACCCUAGCAACCGGAAGAAGGUCUCCAACGCGUCGGGGCCGCCGGCGAUCAACGUGACGGGGUGCAGGACGUCGCUGGGGUGGCUACCGUGCCACCCCUGCGACCUCAUCGAGCAGUUCUUGUCGGGGAACGUGGUGACCGACCUCAACAAUGCCGAAGACCUCAUCCGGAACGGCUUCAAGGUCGAGUGGAAUCAAUCGGACGACAGGUUUAGGAAGUGCAAGGAAUGCGUGGCAAAGAACGGCAUCUGCGGUUUCGACGCCUCUCAACCCACCAAUCCCUUCCUCUGCUAUCCCCAUGUCACCGCCCUCAACGAUCCAUCUGGGACAACAAUGAAUAACCAAGCUGCUUCAGGUCCCGAUUCUGUUAGAUCGAGAAGGUCGACAAAAAUUGCCAUAAUCUGCGCUUGUGUGGUCUUUGGUGUAGCUUCUUUUGCCAUCUCUUUCACCUACCAUUUCUUCAGAAAUAGACCUCCUGCCAUCACGCCGGACGAACUUCAAGACGUCGCCGUUGUGGGUGGGGACGACCCGAACGAUGACGGCAAGAUGAAGAAACUAGCGCCCAAGGAGAUGGAUGAUCACUUCCCCACAUUCACCUACGCAGAGCUCGAAAUCGCGACUAAUUGCUUCGACAAGGCGUUGAUCCUCGGCGACGGCGGCUACGGUUGCGUUUACAGAGGCUACCUCAACAAUGGCAGCAUCGUUGCCGUGAAGCGCAUGAUGCAUCAGACCAACACCCUGAACCAAUUCCACAACGAGAUCAGGAUAAUGGCGAAACUGAAGCACCCCAAUCUGGUCUGCCUUCUUGGCUACUGCAAGGCCGACCGCGAUCUCCUGCUUGUGUACGAGUACGUGAGCAAUGGAACCCUAGCGGAUCAUCUGCAUGGAGCUCGAAGAGGUAACCACAUGUCUCUCGAGGCGCGAGUGAAGAUCGCUAUGCAGACUGCAAGAGCGCUGGAGUACAUGCACUUCUACGUUACACCAACUGUUGUUCACAGAGACAUCAAGUCCAGCAACAUUCUCCUUCAAUCAGAUCUCUCCGUGAAGCUCGCGGACUUCGGCCUGUCCCGGGACUUGGUUGGUAUGGAAGGAAACAGCCAUGUGUCGACGGCGCCGCAGGGCACACUUGGUUACGUUGAUCCUGAGUAUUACCGGUCGUAUAGGCUCACCCAAACCAGUGAUGUCUAUAGCUUUGGCGUGGUGCUUAUGGAGUUGAUCACUGGAAUGAAGGCACUUAACUAUAAUGCUGCUGAUAAAGGGGAGAUCAACUUGGCCAACCUAGCCCUCUCGAUGAUUCAGGCUGGGCGGCUGCUGGAGAUCGUUGAACCGCUCUUGUUGCCGGCGGAGGAGGACACCUUGCAGCGGAAGACGAUCGAGGAGAUGGCGGAAUUGGGGUUCAUGUGCCUUGCCCCAUGCAAGGAUGAUAGACCAAACAUGAAGCAUGUCGCUCUGAAGUUGCAGCAGAUUGAAUGGUGUCUGUCUUCAGCCAGCACCACUGCAGCAAAACUUUGACGUGAGAUCAUAGAAGAGAUGUUUUGUUUAUUUUCUUGUGUUUUUCCACUUUCUUUUUGUUUUGAAUUUCCUCUUCGUCUCCUCCAAUAACUUUUUAUCUUAGCUUAUCAUGUUUUCUACUUAAUCUGUAAAUUCGAUAUGCUAAGAACUGUAUGUAAAUAUUUUAUAGUAGAAAGGAACCAAUAUGUGAGGAAGAUGUUGGAGAUU